AUGAUUCUAUCAUUCAUAUUUAUUACCAAGCUAUCUGGAUAAAAGAUAUAGGAAGAAAAGAGGCAAAAAUAAGAAGAGCUGAAAAAGGAAGAAUAAAAGAGCUCGGAGAAGUUGAAUGAGAAAACUUAAUAAAAAUAAGCAGAGUAGAAUCAUACCAGUUUUAAGUAAUUGAAAACCCAAAGUAAAGGAGGAAAAAAGAAGGUAAAAGGUGGGAAUAAUCCAGAGCAUGAAAACUAUGUAGCUGGAUUUAAAGGAUUCAAUUCAUCAGUUGUUGAUUUUGACUAUUACGAUUUCGGAAAUGGUACAGUGUUAUUCAUUGUUGCUGAAGAGAGUUCAGUGAUUAAAGCAGUAUAUUCUAGAAAUAUCUAAAAUGAAAGUGAGUAUAUCCAGUAGUUACAAAAGUUACAAUCUGGCUAGAAUAUUUUGUCUGUAUCUUUGGGACCAUCCAGAGUCACAGAUUCAAAAAGUUUCACAAUGAUAGUAGCUGUAGCAAUAUUCGACCACUGCUCAGUAGUUCUUCAUGAAUUAUCAUUUUAAAACGACCAAAUCAAAUUUACUAAUUUGAACAGAGCACUUUCAAAUAUUCAUAAAAUUCCAGUCAAAACAAUCAGACUUAGUAAGAAGCAACCCAACUUGAUGGUAUCUUGUGGUGAUGAGUCGGAUGUAACAAUUAAACUUUGGAAUAUCAGUACAUCUUCAAGUGAGCCAAUAACUCAAAUCUCAACCAGCUAGAUUAAGCACAAAUAUAUGACUCAGGGAUAGGAAUUUGAUUUUUAUGCAGUAGCUGCCAAGACUACUGAUACCAGAAUAUACUAAGUAGUUUACAAUUAGGGAGUACUAAAAGGAAGCAGCAAAUAUUGUGUCACGACUGCAAAAGAUUAACAACUUAUAGUCUAUAGUAUUGAUGAAUACUAUAAACAAGCUAAGGUUAUCCUAAGCUAGCAAAUUACUUCAUUAGAUGAUCUCACUCUAUCAACUGUGAGUGUAGUUACCACCUCUAAGAAUAUUACACAUCUGUUUUUGGCAAUAGCUAAUGGCUAAAAUACAGAGGUGUUCCAUGGUGUAGUUGUGCAUGAUAUGAAGCCAGUACAAAGCAUUUUGAGAAUAAAUGAUGCUCAGCUUGAUAAUAUUUCGCAAAUUCAAUUCUUCUAUGAUAUCUAGCAAGAGGAGAUAUUCUUGAUUACUAGUGCUAGAUAAGAUUUCAGAUUAAAUAUCUGGAAAAUGCCCAACGUUCUCUGA